AAAACUAUAAUUAGGUGGGAGUGGCAUUUAUUGUUGGUCAACUUGCGUCUCUGGUUCUGUGCGCAGACUGCAUAUUUCUUCCAGGUAUUAAGGUCUGGCCAGAAUGGCGAGCCUUCAUCCAUAUCUCCUGCUUCUGGUCCUCUGUGGUUGCCAUUUAUGCCUCAGUGUCAAUGGCGAUUCUGUCCCCAAAGAGGUGGGUCCUGCUGAGCUCAAUGAGAACAGUGGGACUCUCUACGCUACCUGCAGAAUGCGACCGAAUGCCAAACUUGGGACUGGCAUGCCAAAAAUUUAUGGGCAUGUGAUGUUCAAGCAGGAACACGCUGAUGAUACGCUUAAGGUGGCGAUCAAUCUGCAUGGCUUUCCAAACUCUGACGGACAGCUCAGAGCCAUCCAUAUUCAUCAGUAUGGGGACCUGAGUGAGGGAUGCACUUCUACUGCUGGCCACUACAACCCGUUAUCAGUUGAUCAUCCAGACCACCCAGGAGACUUUGGCAACUUCUCGCCGUCAAACGGGAAGAUCGUGCAGACGCUGAAUUCUGAUGCCACGCUUUUUGGGGGCCUGUCAGUUCUUGGCAGGUCAGUGGUGGUCCAUGCAAAGGAAGAUGACCUGGGUCGUGGUGGAGAUGCAGGAAGCCUCCUUCAUGGAAAUGCUGGAGAGAGGCUGGCGUGCUGUGUUAUUGGGAUGGCCAGGCCUAAGGUGUGGGACCACUUCCAGCAAAAACGCAGACGAGUGCAGACGAGAAACUGACUGGACUUUCACACUAUGGACACACACUACACCAAUGUGCUACAGUUCCUAUCCAUACGAAGUGCAAUACAAUGAAGUUCCUGUAAUAUAUAUUUCACUGUUUUCUUGCUCUGUUUUCUUUUUUAUCAUUAUCAUUAUUAUUAGUUUUUCAUGCACUUAGAUUAUAUUAUUUCUGGGUCAGACAAUUGUGCCUGCUAUUAUUUGAAAUAAAGGCCUAAUUCUUAUCUGAAUGCACAAGAAUGCUUUAGAGACAUUUGAAAACUUUAAAGUAUUUCCCAAGCAUAACUGUAGCUCUUUUCUUUAACAAUAUCUACAUAUUGCAUCUUUUACUACAAUUCAGAUUUUGAACAAAGGCAUUCCAUAUACCAUUGCUUAUGUCUUAAUGUUUUCUUUAAUGUUUCUUUAACACAUUAAAGAAAACGGAAUUUGGAAUUGUAUCAGUGCAUGCCUUAAUUCCUUGAUAUUCAACACCUUUCAGAUGCAGUGACCAUCACAGUGGUGUACUACAUUGCUAUGACCCCUGAGAAAUUCCUUGUACAAGAUCAAAAAGAAUCCAACCACAUUUGAAAGAAUUCAGACAGUAUAUUUCUUGGCACUGUUUUCAGUGCCUGUUCACUAUCUCUCCGUGGUUUCCUCUAAUAAGCUCUUGAUUUUGUAUCAUAAACCCUUCAAUAAAUUUGAUGAGAUCCA